CGACAAGAUAUUAUGCUUCUAUAAAUAACCCCUUUAAAAUCAUCAUUCUAUACCCAAAUUUACUUAACUCCUUACUGUUUAAGUCAAUUAUCAUCACAAUGCCGACGCUUCUAAAACUCUCUCUCAUAUAUUUCACCCUCCUCUUCUCAUACCUCACCCUUACUACCGCCACCGACUUUCCACCAUGCAACGCCCAGGACAAGGCCGUCCUCCUAAAAGUCCGCGAUCACUUCGGCGGCCCUAACGGCCGCCUCUCGGACUGGGAAAACGACACAGACUGUUGUUCAGAAUGGAGUUUCGUGGCAUGUGGCACGAGCGGCCGUGCAUACGGCCGCAUCGAUUCUGUCACAUUCAGCCGCUCAUGGGGCCUUUCAGGCACCAUACCUUCAGACUUCGGUGAUCUGCCUUACCUCGGCUUUUUUAUUCUAGCAGAUAACAUUAACGUCACAGGAACUAUCCCCAAGUCUUUUGGCAAGCUCAAGAAUCUCUAUCACAUCGAACUCGACACGAAUAGCUUAACCGGGCCUAUCCCCAAUGAGCUGUUCAAGUUGAAGAAGCUCAAGGAAGUCGAUCUCUCCGCUAACCAACUAUCGGGUCCGAUCCCACCGUCUGUUACUUCAUUGUUGUCUCUCUCGCAGUUUAAUGUCUCCCACAAUAAGCUUUCCGGUUCCAUACCGCCGAUGCCGAAGAGUUUGAAGAGCAUUGAUGUGAGUAACAACCAGCUUUGCGGCCCCAUUCCUAGUGGUUUGAAGGGGUUCAAGCGAGCUAGUUUUGAACAUAAUAAGUGCCUUUGCGGUCCACCUUUGGCUGCUGGAUGCAAAUAAAUGGCUUAUUAAUUUAUAAUAGUUGGAGUGAAAAUUUUAAUUUUGGUGAGAAAUAAGCUUCCGUUUAGACUGUACAUGCUAAAAAUUGGGCCGUUUUAGCAAGGAUAUAACAAGUACUCGGUUGUGGGCUUUAUUAUAUAAAACAGACUUCAAGUCUAGAAGUAAGAUUAAUUUUGUAUCUCAAUUUAUGCCAUUUUGAUUCCUUUUUUGAUCCAGAUGAUCGAUCUUAAGAGUCCCAACUUUCGUGGUAUUAUGUAGUAUAUUAAAUUAUUCAAGCCUCGGAUCAACAUAUUUAUCAUUUCCUAUUGUUUA